AUGGCAAACGGAGCUCUUCCACAGACUCUUAAGUCCAUCACUACUACGAAAAUCAGUGAACUCUCCAAGCAACGCGUCCUAUUUGAUCGGCGCAAAACCGAAAUCCUUGCAGUUGCCAACGCAGCGCCAGACCUGCGCACCCGUGCUCAGGCUUUGCUGGAUGGAAUCUCACGCCUGAAAGGAUACAGUAAGGAUUCGCUCGACAAAGAUGACCUGGAUCUAGAUGCCGAUUCCUCAGAUGAGGAAUCGGAGGACACACUCACUUCACGAGGAGUCGGUCGUCUGCAGCCAGAAGAUCAUACGAACAUUCGUCGCUUUCUUUUACAAAGUCGCUACGACCAUUCCGUUUCUCAGGCAGCUCUACGGGAUCGUGUCACUCAACUCGAGAAGGAGUUGCGAUAUCUUGAGAUAAAGCAUGAGCACGGUGCCUUUUACAGCAAGUUGGUUACAGAGUGGUUGUCGGAGUUGGAUGGAAGUAUUACCUCCACUGCAGACACUAAGUCCACUGACUCCGAUCCAAGCUUCGAAAAUGUUGGGCGGGCAGAAAUGCACGAGCAACGCGCGACUUGGGAGUCUUUGGUUUUUACUGCUGCGACACAUGUCAACGAAGACGCGAUCCAGUCCUACCUCAGUGAUCUUUUCACCCAGACCAAACUUUCUCGACAGGCACUCAAGGAUCUCCGAGCAAGUAUCCAAUCGUUUGAAACAUACCUGUCCUCAAAGGGUGAAUGGCUCAACGUGGACGAACUGAAGUCGGUCUCCCGCGCACUGCUCAAGACCGACCUCCUCGGCGACGAAAAGACAGCCAUUCUGAAAGAGUUUAUGCGGAACAAUGAGGUUGCCCAGGAAGUGGCAGAUGUGCUCAACAUGCGCAUUGCCUCGCUCGAUAGCUGGACCUGGACAGGAGACCCAGAUGGUAUUCCUGUUGAAAUGCGCCGCCAGCUCAACGGUAAAUACCGGGUCUUCAUGGACGAAGAUCUUCUCGAUGCCCUUCUGCUACAGUACAUCGGGACAAUGUGGGCUGUGAAGUUGCGGAAGACAUUUGAGCGAUUCCUAAAUUCCAACGCCUGGAAGGUCCUGCAUGAGGAUAUCCCAGAAGACCACAAGGAAAUGCGCAAGUACUUCCUUGGCCGAGAAGCCAACUCGGGCUCUGGGAAGAUCAACGAGAUUCGAAAGAACACAUACACCGACGAAUAUUUCAUGAGCCAACUACCCACCUCAAACGUCGAGGGUGCCCGGGAAUAUGAUGACGCGGGGUCCGGAUCAAAAAACGCCUUGGAUACAAAGCACUCUCUACUCCACCUCCUGAUCACAGAAUCUAUCAUCCAUAAACAUCAGCGGGGGAACUUUACCGCAAUCCGGUCGGACUUUGAGUGGUUCGGCCCUUCAAUGCCCCACGCCACCAUGCUCACCGUGCUGAAGUUCUUUGGAGUCUCUGACCUAUGGAUCAAAUUCUUCGUAGUGUUCCUGGAAGCUCCGCUCAAGUUUGCCCAAGAUGGAGCCGAGGGCUCUGUUCAAACCCGCAAGCGUGGCAUUCCAAUGAGUCAUACACUGGGUGAUUGCUUCGGAGAAUCCGUUCUCUUCUGCAUGGACUAUGCAGUCAAUCAAGCUACCGACGGCGCCUUUCUAUACCGGCUCCAUGAUGACUUUUGGUUCUGGGGCGCAGAGAAUACUUGCGUCAAGGCAUGGCAGGCGAUGGAGCAGUUCAGUCAGGUAAUGGGGUUGAAGUUCAACACGGAGAAGACCGGAACUGUGCAGAUGGGUCUGGGUGGCAGUCCGAUGCAGUCGGCCCUUCCCACUGGUGAUAUCCGCUGGGGCUUCCUGGUUCUGGAUGCGCAGCAAGAAAGGUUCAUCAUCGACCAGGCCCAGGUCGACCAGCAUAUUGAAGAGCUUUCACGGCAGCUCUCGUCCUGCAAAAGUGUGUUCGCUUGGGUACAGGCAUGGAACAGCUACUUUGGCCGCUUCUUUACGAACAACUUUGCAAAACCAGCCAUUUGCUUCGGUCGGGACCAUAUCGACAUGGCCAUCUCCACCCUGAGCCGCAUCGAGCGCACACUCUUCAACAAAACUGCAGAUGACAAAACUCCGCCGGGUCAAAUCAAUGGUGUCACCGACUAUCUGCGCACUCUGAUCGCAGAUCGUUUCGAUAUCCACGAUCUGCCCGAUGGAUUCUUCUAUUAUCCCGUUGAACUCGACUGCUCGCCAUGCGUGAAAAUAUCAAAGAGACCCCCCCGGAAGCUCCUUCAUAAGGCCUCGCUGAGGGAUGAGGCGAGAUACGAGGCGGCCAAAGAGAAAUUCAAAAAGGACGGCGCUGAUGCUAGCAGCCAAUUUUGGAGCGAAUGGAGCGGCAAGUCCAAGUCAUUCAUGUCCCUGGAAGACUACACCCGGUAUCCAGAGACGUUCAGUCCGUCUCUUGUGGACGUGUACAAGCAGCUGACCCAUGUACCGAGUGAGAUGAGCGUGGCUCUGACUGGGAGCUUUGACAUGGAGCAAAAAUCCCUUCAUUCAGUGUCCUCUGCGGCCUCUAUCCCUCAUUUCUAUGGGGAAAUGACACCCUACUGGAAAUGGGUUGCGGAGUUGUAUCACGAAGGGAUGGUCCGUACUUAUGGUGGCCUCGCUGCCGUGAAUCGAGAGUUUAUACCCUUGGGUGUCGUGAAGACUCUGCAGGAGGGUAAAUUCAGGUGGCAGAGCUGA